AUGACAAUCAAUGAUAUUCAUCAACAACGUUUUAGUUCUUCUCAAACAGAAAAUUUAGAAACUAAACACAUUAAUACACAGAAUACAAGUAAUUCAGUUAAUAAUUCGAUAAAUAAAUUUCAGAAUAAAAUUUUAACCGGUAUUCAUGAUGAAGCAUGUCAUUGGCUUUUUGGAAAUUCAAAGAAUCUACUUGAUGACAUAUUGAGUCAUCCAUUGUUAAUUGAUUAUUUUAAUGUCUAUCUAUCAUUGCCUAUUUUUGGACAACGUGUUCUUUGUCAUCGUUUAACUCAUCAAUUUGAUUUUGAUCCACCAUUAUUAGUUCAACAUCAGAAAAUUUAUGAAGAAGCAAAAGAAUGGUUAACUCAUUGUCGAUUAGAUAAUUAUAUUCAUACAAAUAUUUAUAUUGAAAGUCUUCUUAGCUUAUUACUUUCAAAAGCAGAUGAUACGAUAGAAUUAUCUUCGACAUUACAUACAUUUAUUCAAUCGAACGAAACGACAAUGAAAGAACAAUCAUAUAUAUUUUCAACAGUAACCGAUGUUCGACAAUUUCAUCGCUUUCUUCAAACUACAUCAGGAAUUAAAUAUUGGAAUUUCUUUAUGGAUUCAAUGUGUUUACUUCAAUCACGACAUUCAUCUCGAUCAAAUCGUAUUGAUAUUUCAUAUUUAAAUUUUAUCUAUAAAUACUAUUCUCAACAUCAUGAAUUUCGUUCGAUUACUAUUGAUUUUGAUGAUAUUCGAAUGCCUGAUUCGAGUACACCAGAUUCAAUAUGGUUUCAAAUGGCAAUAAAUGCAAUGCAUCAAUUACGUAUAUAUUGGUUACCUCGAUAUAUUAGUCAAUUAUCUAUAUCAUCUCAAUCAAAGAAAAAAUCUUCAACAAUCGAAUCGAAUUCAAAAUUGAUUGAGAAUAUUAUUAAAACAUCAUCAGAAAAUGUUAUUGUAACACCCAUCAAUCAUUUAUCACAGGCUGAUUCAAUAAAAAAUAAAGAACCUAAUUUAGUUAAAUUUACUCUGGAUAAUAUCUCUUAUCUUGAUUACAAUCCUCGACAAUAUAUACAAAUUCAGCCAUCUGAACAAGAUGAUUUCCAACAAAACUUUGAAGAAUUAAAUGAGUCAAAUGAUAAUAAUCAAACGGAUACGAAUUCUAAACUAAAAUCUGAACUUCCACUACAUUCAUUAUCAGAUUGUUCAAUUGAAGAUUAUGCUACAGAUAUUAAUAUUGAAUUAUUUUAUCGUAUACUUGUGUCAGAUUCAUUAGCUGGAUCACCAUUUCUUGAAUAUAUUUCCCAAACAGUACCUAAAACUGAUAUAAUUUCACUUCAAACUAGUAUUCAUUACAGUUUAUUUCGCAGUAAACAAUUCGAUUUUAAACAUAUUAGAAUUAUUCUCAAUGUUGAUAGGUAUCUCGAAGUAACAGCAACUGAAGUAUUACCUAAUCAAAUAUUUGAUAAUAUCGAAGAACAAAGGAAUGAAUUAAUUGAAGAAUUAAUAAAAAAUAACAAUAAUAAUAAUAAUAAUAAUCAAUAUUUUCUUCUUUGGAAAACUUUAUUAAAAAUUACAAAAGGCAAAACUUUAAAUAUAAAUCUUAUGAUUGAUGAUCUUCAUCAUAUUUUACCUUCAGUCAAUUUCGAUACAUUACUAAAAGAUGAACAAAAUACUAAAGAAAAUGAUUUAAAACAAACGUAUUCCAAUGAAACAGAAAUUUUCUCACGAAAAUAUUUGAUCACUUGUAAUGAACAACAAAAUGAUCUUCUAAAGUCUUUCAUUAAAAAUCAAUAUUACACAACUGAAAAACAAAUCAAUACAGAUGAACAAUGUGAAUUUCGAACAGGUGAACGAUUUCGUCCAUUAACUGAUAAUGAACUUGAACAAGAAUUACGACGAUUUUGUACCAAAUUCGAACAAAAAAGCAUUGAAACCAUUCUUGGAAAAUCAUUCGUUGCUCCAAUAACAUCUCAUCAAAUGAAUAUUUCAACAUUCAUUGGUGAUCCAUUAUCACAUAGUAAAACAAACGAAACAUUUAUGUCACAUGAAUACUCAAAAUUGAAUACAGUUGAAACAUUUACACUUGAAAUAAUUAAUUCAGCUAGAGAAGUAUUAGAAAUCGAUCAUUUUAUAUCAAAUAUAAUGAAUGAAGGUUUGAAUCUUAUUCAAGCAAAUCCUUUAUUAAAAUCAAUAAAAAGUGAUUCAAAUUCAUCAUCAUUAUCAUCAAUAUCUGACGAAAUACUUAUAACUGAUUCUUCAUCAAUAAUAACCUAUCCAGAAGUCAUUACUAAUAAUAUAAAUAAAAAUGCAUUUGUAUCUUUAAAUUCAUCUGAAAUAAAUUUUAUAACAUUAAAAAAAAUAAACGAAAACAAAAUUCUUUCAUUAAUUGGUUCAUAUUUUAUUAAUUCACCAAGUAUAACUAAUGAUAAUUUUAUUUCUCAAAUAAAUUUAUUUUCUCAAGGUGAACAUACAGUUAUAAAUAAUUCUAUAGAUCCUAUUAUAUAUAAUUAUUUAAAAGAAAAUCAGCUAAAAUCUAUAGACGAGUUUUCUCUUCAUCAAGAAUUCGAAUUAUUUUCACCUUCAUUUCAUAAUUCAAUUAAAGAAUUAACUAUUAAUAACACUGGUAUUGGUCAAUUAUCUAUUGAUUUAACUACUAAAACAAAUAUUUUAUCUAAUAAAGAUGAUAUUUUCAAGUUAUAUAAUAAAAUAAAAUUAUAUACAAAUAAUCAUAUUGAAUUUCUUUUAGCAAAUAUUAAAUCAUAUAAUUUUGAUAUAAAUAAACAAGAAUUACAUUUAUAUCUUAAUAAUUUUAAAUUACCUGAUAUAACAAAAUUAUCCAUAAUGAAUAAUAAACAUAUAAAUAAACAAGAAGAAUAUUUUCAUGAAACAAUUAAAUUUACACAUGAAGAUAAAUCUAAUGAAAUAAAAAAUUUUAUUAUUGAAAAAAAACUUUCCUAUUUUCAAAAUAAUGAACAACAACAAUUAAUAAAAUUUAUUCAAAAUGAAAUUCAUAAUCAUCAAUGGCCAUUACAUCAAUAUAUUGGUAUACAAGGACAACGUUCAUGGCGUGCAUUAAAAUUAGCAAGUGAUAUUUCAAAUUUUGAUAAUGGAUUUAUGUUAAAUUAUCAUAAUGAUUUAGAUUGGAUUUCAAGUGAUAAUAAUUAUGGUUCAUUUAAUCAACGAACUUAUUUAGUUAUACGAAAUUUUCAACGACGUAUUGAAAAACUAAAAACUAUUCAUUCAUAA